CCGAGAACACAAUGUAGUUGUUAUCUUAAAGUUUCAGUACAAAGAAGCUGCUUACCACUGUUCGUCAGCAGUGUUCGAUCGUAACUCGAGCCGAUGCAGCCUGUAUUCUACCACAUUUGCGGUGGACUUCCUUGUCCCCGAUAGCAUGACUAUUUAUUACGAAAAAAACUGCUUUCCAGCACAACUGGCUGAGCUGUGCGGCGAAGCACUGCUGGAUCGGCAACCUCAGCGUGUACUACUCGGUCCUCAUCAUGCAAUUUUGACGGCUGUUACGCCGACCGAAUGUUUGUUGAGGUGUUUUUGGUCAGUGCUAGAUGGCCGAUCGUUCCAGUGUCGCUCACUAAUGUACUUCUAUGAGGUCUGCGCAUCUUUUUCAACUUCUAAAUUGGUCGCAGUGAAAUAG